CUGGCAGUGCCCCCAUCUCGGGCAGUCGCGGCACCUGGCCACCGAUCGGGAUGGAGCCUCGUGAGUUUUUCUGCAAGAUCUACCGGCGCACGUGUGGCCGCCACCUGACUGAUAUUGAGAAGCAUGGCGGCGACAAACUCGGCCACUUUGUCACGCGGGUCGCCGCGUGGGCGUGACCGCACAAGAGCAGUAAUCGAGGAAAGUUGCCGCAACCACUCGACGCGCAACCACCCAUGGGGGGGCAUGUUGUUCGGACACUCAGCAGGCGAGGCUCUGUCUGUGAGGUAAGCACGAUGAUGAUCCACUCUGUCUUAAACAUGCACGCACCUUGGUCCACCCCACAUUCGCGCACUUUGAGAACUAUCUUCAGUCAUCUUCAUGCUAUUACACGAUCUAUAUCUACUUACAGAUAUGUCAUCUACAGCUUUUCCAUGUAGUUGACGUUCGCUAAAUUACUAUUCACAACUUCUACUUAUAAAAACUUCCAGGUACACUGAUCGCUGCUUGACACUUGAGGAAACCAUGACUGUCGCGUACUAUCGAAGUUUGUGCGGGGCUUCGACGGUUUAUCCCAACAAUCUGGGCGGGGUCUAAGUACGCGUGCGGCGUGACCCGUGAGAAAAUCGAGGAGAUGCUCGUAGUUGCCUACAAUUGCACUGGACUCACGCAGGUACAUCUAUGGUCACUUGUUCAGGUCUUGGUUUGGACCACAGAAGAUGCACCAUGACCAUGCAAUUAGGACACUUGCGUCUUUAUGAUGAGUAAGAGGAUCACUUAUGAUGAGUAAGAGGAUCACUUGAUCACAAAAGCGUAGAAAUGGAGCAGCAUCGUGUAGGAGCUGAUAUUAUAAUUACACAAACUAGUUCAGAUUGUUUUUUUGUGCUGGUUGUAAUUCCUUGAUGUAGAAUGGGCUAGCAGACGGGUUGUAAAUAAUCAGCACUUUUUCUUCAUCUCAGGUCGGUUGCGAUCAAAAUGAUCCGAGCCUGGUACUACGCCUUUUCGUAGCGCCUACCCCACGGAGCUGGUUGUUGUAGGCAUUAUUCAUGAGAGAUCAUCGCUGAGUUCUUCCGUAGCAUCGUUGAUUUUUACCGUGCCGUAAGGUCGCGCGUGGCGAGCAACGCUGUGAUCGUUGAGACUGGUCCGCCCAAGCUCUACUUCCGCACUUCGGCUACCAUGAAAAUCGCGGGCACCGAGAAGCGAACGGUGCAGUACGUGAAGGAACUACAUCAUGUCGCGAGUGAGACAAGAACCGCCUCCACACCUUCCCGGCAUGUUGCUUUGGCACCUGCUUUCAAACAGAUGGCUCGCGCCAUGACUGCUAUUGCCGGCCUCCGCUUGUUUGCUGAAAAACGUCCAGAGACGCACUACCGCAGCCUUUCAGCAAGGGGAAACUGGUACUGCCGGCGUCGACGGCCCAGUCUUUGUAUUGUUUGAUGCAUUUUUAGGCCGUACCGAAUUCAAAGACGACAAUAAGACACAUCAGAUGGAAAAAGACUGAGCAGGGCGCUGCUCGAGGGCUCUAUGCAUGGCAUCACAGAGGAAGGCAGCGAUGAGCCUAUGGGGAUCCAACAUCGAGAAGCGGAAGAUGCCGAAGGUGAGCGUAUCUUUGAAACGAAUUCUCGCACUGGUUUUGUUACCCGAGCAUUGAUGUCGGUCGAGGAGGAAGCUCCUCACAACUAAAACUCUCCACAUCAGUCCGUCGCAGCUUGUCACUUUUUCCCCGGUCAAGUGCUUCUAUGGGAAAAACAUGCUGUGUUUGACCCCUUCGCACCUGGGACUCUUGCCCCUCAAGGCUCUAGAAGUCCUUGUGCUCUUGCUGACACCGAAGCCGGACAGAAAUACAAAAAGCAUUUACUCGAUUCUGUGGACAAAUAUGAGACGUAUGCAGAAGCGUUGCUUGCCCUGACAAAGUGGGAAAAUCAAGUGGCGCUUCAACGUCACCGUAGGAAGCUGUUGAGGUCAGGGCAGAGUAAUCAAAUGGUCAAAUUCCUUACCUCAACUGUACGGGAUUAAGUGGGUGAGAUUUUUGAAGAUCACAGCGGAGAUGACGCCCUCCUCCAAAAGCAGAAAAAAUACCUCGCAACUGUUUGGGAAAAAUGCGGAGGAACUACGCUCUGGCUGAACUAUGAAACCGGGAAAGAAGGCCUUUGUGCUCAGGAAUUGUUUCACAACGAACUGGGUACAGCGAUGGUUUUGUUCAGGGAAGUAAAGCAGCCCUCUAUGAGGUUCUGGCUCAGAGAAAAGGCUGGGUCCAGCAGUAUGACGAGCACAGGCGCGACUUCCACUUCU